UCGGAGUUUCGUUAAUCCUUGAGAUCUCAAGCUCCGCCGAAAUUUCCCUCCGUAUCAUGAUGUUUAAGAACAACAGGAUGUACAAAUUAUCCUCUUAGAACCUGCUGCGCACCUAAGAGUUUCAACUUAACCCUUACCAUUCUUCCGCAUAUCCUCCAUUGUACCCUCACAUUGAUCACCCGUGCCAUCAAUACAACCUCGAUCCUUAGCAGGGGGAGCGAAAGACCAAUCCGCCAUGGCAAUGCGCAACCCGUUCUCAAUCACCCGGACCGUUAAGUCUUUCCAAUUAACCCAACAAUCCUUCCGAUCCAUUCACAAGAAAGCCACGCCUACUUCCACUGUCCCAUCACCAACACCAUUCGUCCCUGAUGUCCAAACUUUCCUCACACUGAUCGGCCGCGACAUGUUAAAGCAUGUCAGCAAACUUCCUUCUUGGGAGAAACUAUUCACGCUGAGCUCCUCUGAACUCCGGGAUGCGGGAAUCGAACCAGCACGCCAGCGACGCUACCUUCUCCGAAAACGGGAGAAUUUCAGAAACGGCAUCUACGGACCUGGCGGGGACCUUGAGCAUGUCGUGGAUGGUGCCGCUCAGUUGCGGGUAACAGAAGUCCCAUCUGGGCCGUCGACGAGAAUUUCAAAGACGGGAAAUGAUCCCGUCGCCAACUCAUUGGAUUAUUCGGCUACUCUAUCUCCCGGAAUGAAACGAGUCAUUGUGAACCUACCACCGGAUGCCACGGAAUAUAAACAUGAUUUGUCGAGGCCAUCUAAGAAGUUUGCGCAUAUGAAAUUUCAUCGUGGCUUGUUGAUCAAGGGACCAUUUCUGCAGCCAAUUAAGGGUGCGAAUGGCAGCGCAGCUUUGAUCAAGGUUCAGGAGGGAAUGUGGGAAGACAAGUUGGGCCACAAGGUUGACGGUGGUGAAAGGAGACGUGCUGAGGUGAGAGCCAAAAAGAGGGCUGAAGAGAGGAGGAAAGGGUCUGCAUGAGCUUGAUAGACCUGUUUUUGAGGUUGUAUAACAGGGUUUAUUUGUACUAUAGCUUUUUCAAUUGUGCUUUAAUUAGAUUUUUCAAACUUUGAACCAACCCAUGAAUUAUUCAUGAAGUCCAAUUCAGUUCGAGCAAAUUUAAUGACUGAAUCUGUGUCGACUAUUUAAAUGCGUACUACCAAGUACAUGGUAGGGUGGGUUAUGAAGAUUAGGCAGGGGUUUAUGACUUGAAUCUGCAAACAUCCCAAUUACAAACUAUACUCGAUAUUAAUAUAUAUGGCGAACCUAAGCAGCAGGCCGAUGAAGCA